AUGCGUGCUGCAGUGCAAGACGGCCGCCGCAGCCACGGCGGCGGCGACGGCGAUGACGACGGCGCCGGGGAGGGCGAGAUGGUGUUCUUUGGGCCCGGGACGCUUCCCGGUCUGUUGGCGAGGUCCUCGCCGCCGGGGACCCCCGAACCCAGCGGUUGUGGCGGCGGCGGCGGCGGCGGCGGCGGCGGCCGACAGCAGCAAGGCCCCAUGUUCUUGCACGUUGCACCCACCACCGCAUCGCGUCAACAGAUCAGCGGCAUGGUGCCAGCAGCGGCGCCAUGCCUGCAAAGUGACGAUGAAGAUGGAUCGGCGUCGUUGUGGGUUGGCCCAUCCGCCGGCCGUACCAACACCCCGGACACCGCCAACCAGCCCAGGGGUAUGCCAUUACCUAGCAGCGCUGCAGCGCUGGCGUCGUACCGGAGCUUCGGUAGGGGUAGCAACGCGGCCGCUGCAGCGGCAGCUGUGCCGCCGCCGCCGCCGCCGCUGCCGCCGGAAUUGGAAUCUCCUUGUUCCCUUGCUGGGGGCGCAUCGUGGCUGAUAUGGACGCACGCCUUUUCCAAGGCCGAUGCAAUGGAGGGGCCACCCGGCGGUGACGACGGUGACGUCAUCGGUGUUUUAGACGCUGCCGGUGAUCCGGAGCUGACGUCGUUCACCGGAGGUUGGCUGAGGUCAAACGGCGGCGAUGGCGGGAUUGGGAUUGGCGGCACCAGUCGACGCUGGUGUCCCGGGGCGUUGGGAAGUGGACAAGGUGGGCGAAUGGGAUCCGUGGGUUCGUGUUCAACGGCCUGCAAGGAACGCAACAGCAGCAGCAGCCGACCUUCCGUACUCGCAUUUCCGCUCGACGCUACCAUCAGCGGCGGUAUGCCGCUCAUAGGCCCGUGGGCCCAUGGACACGGCGGGGACGGCGACGGCGGCGGUGGCGGCGGCGGUGGCGGCUGCACCACCGCUGCCUCCGCUAUCCUAACAGCAGCUGCAGCUGAUUGCGGCUCGAACGCGGCUUCAUUGCCCUCUAGGACGAUCUCUGGGAGGCACUCCUGCAAAAAGUCUGCAGUACGGCCCUUGUCGGCGUGCGAUCUCUGUGGAAAGGGAGUCGCGCCGUCGGCAGGAAAUGGCGGCAGCAACGGCGACGGCCGCGAUGGCGGCGGCGACGGUGGCGGCGGGUACGGCGGUUCUGAGGGCGCCGUCGUGAAGGCGCCACUGGCGCGGUGGCAACGGGCUGCCAGGACCGCAGGAGUGACCGCCAGCAUUGCCCGCAGCUUCCGUACACUCCGAAACCAGCACGACGAGAACUUAGUGCAAGAAGAUCAGCUGCAGGUCGUUGGGGAAAUCGGCGCCGGUUCCUUCGCGCGCGUGGACAAAUGCUUGUACACUCCGACUGAUGGGGGGAAGCCUUUUUUGGUGGCGGUCAAGCGCAUCAAGCCUGAGAUGCUGAUGAGCAGUCGAGACCAACAGGACCUGCACCUUUUCAUCCAGGAGGCGCAGUUGCUGCGGAAACUCAACCACCCGCACAUUGUCAAGUACAUUGGCUUGGGGAUCGUCCUGGAUGACUCAUCCUUGAACAGCGCUGGUGGCGGCGGCGGCAGCGGCGGCGGCGGCAGCGUCAAGUCGGCGGCAGCGGCGCAAGCGCCACUGGGUGCUGAUCAGCUCUUAGAGCUUAGCCGCCGCUCCUGUGGCCAGCCGCCAGUACGGCACAGAAGGCAUAGCGUCGGUCCGACGCCGCGGAAGCUCGACAUGCGACAUUCCUCGAAGCGCCCGCUGGCGGGCGGCUAUGGCGGCGGUGGCCGUCGCAGUGCCGGCGGCGGCUGUGACAAGUUGUACGGCAACGAUGACGAUGACACGCGGCCAUUAGCGCCAGCGCUGCCGCCACUACAACUACGUGGGCUGUUCAUCGUGGAGGAGUUCAUGAGGGGAGGCACGCUCAAGGUUUGUUAA